AUGGUAUUCAGCUACCCCCCUCUGCUCUGCGUUGUUGUCUGGCUUCGAGCUUAUUCCACGAGCAGUCACUCUGACGUCCGCGCCCUGCUUGGCUGGGGCCCUUACAACGCCGUUCCGGGCCACGAAGGCAUCGGCCGCGUCGUCUCCUUGGGCCCCAACGUCGACCCCUCCCUCCUCCACGCGCGCGUCGGCAUAAAAUGGCUCUACAAGGCAUGCGGCAGCUGCAGCACCUGCGGCGAUGGUUGGCCGAACAACUGUCCGUCACAGCUCAAUACGGGCAAGGGCGCUGUGCAAGGCGUGUUACAGCAGUACGCGAUUGGGGACGCCAAGUAUCUGACGAUGGUGCCGGACGCGGUGAAGAGCGAGAUCGCGGCGCCGCUGCUGUGCGCAGGCCUCAGCAUGGCCGGGGCAGUAGGGAGAUUGGACGGUGACAUGCGCGCAGGUGAGUGGCUUGUGCUUCCUGGGGCAGGCGGCGGGCUGGGUCAUAUUGGUCUUCAGAUCGCAGCGCGAGUGAGGGGCUACAAUGUCAUUGCCGUAGACACAGGAGACGCGAGAAGGGAACUGUGCAUGCGGCUAGGUGCCACUGCAUUUGUCGACUUUGCGACGGAGGACGUCGAGGCGAGAGUCAAAGAGCUUACAGGCGGAGAAGGUGCCAAAGGGAUCAUCGUAGUGCCAGGUAGCGAGAGGGCAUACGAGCUCGCGCCGAAGCUUGUGAAGAACAGAGGGAUCAUCGUGUGCGUUGGCCUGCCAAAGGGCGGGUUCAACAUCCCGAUCACGCCGCUCGACUGUGCGAAUAGAGGACUCGUCAUCAAGGGUUCCUCGACGGGUAACGAAGCUCAGAUGCAGGAGUUGUUCAAGUACGCCAUCGACGGUACUGUCCUCCCGAUCGUUGAGGUACAGGACUUUGAACGGUCCGGAGACAUCUUGUACAUGCUGAAGCGCGACGAGGUCAAGGGGAGAAUAGUGGUUCGGAUACCUCAAUAG